AUGCAAGCUAUCUCCUAUCUAUGGAAAAGGUUAUGCAAACCAAUCAGUGCUAGCACAAGGGGGGCAAGUAGUACUUUGGUACCUCACACCUUCAAUCAAGCAAGAUCGGAAAUGAAGUGUGUGAAGUACAUCAUCAAGGAUGAAAUUCCUUUUAGGGCGGUGGAGGGGACGAGGUUUAGCACUACAAGAAAAAUACCAUAUAACGGGGACGAGGAGUUGCGCGUUGUUAAACGGCUAUUCUACAACACACACAAGUGCGUUGCAAGUUUCACUGAAGUCUACAACGUGCCUAGCAUCUCUGAUUCUGUUGGGUGGGCUGAAGACACCACUCCAGCAAGUCGCUCUACUCGUGAAGGAAUCUACUUCAAAUUCUGCUAG